UGCAGCUGGACUGGGGAUGCUGCUCGAGUUCCUUCCCGUCGAUUCGUGAUGCACUCGUGUGGACAAGUAUCUCCCGUUAUCCGACGUGCUAUUGUCCUGCGAUCGCUUGCGAGAAGACAGAUGGAGGGGGAGCUUGAUGGUAGCCUCAAGGGAUGACGGUCUCCCUUGCGCAUUGGCGUCGGUGUCCUUUGCAUGUGGCCCGCGCUCUUGUUGUGGCCAAAGUCCAUUGCAGCUGGCGCGUGGCCUACGCGCUUCGCUAUUGCUUCCUUCAUUGGGCCAAGCCAUGUGAAUGCAGUCCUUGCCCUCGUGGCCUGGUGAGCGAUCUUCGUCGCCAUCUGACUGGCCUGACUCUGGUGCGUUCCAUCGCCUCUCCUGUUCAAGGUGGUGGCGCUCGAACGCGAGAUCCACUGAGGUGAGAUGACGCUUGUCUGAUAAUGUGCACACGGCGGCACUGAU